GUCACAUGGUCCGGUGCUGGAGUUUCCAUGGAGCCUGUGGUGGCGUUGAUCCUGCUGCUACACUGAGGACCCACUCCUCCACCUGCCUCAGAUGUGAUCAUGUACAGUGUGGAGGACCUCCUCAUCUCUCAUGGAUACAAGCUGCCCAAACACAAGCCCUCCAGCUCGGGUCCUCCUGCCCGGCCCGCCCCCUCGGCCUCUCCCCCCUCCUACAGCAGGCACCAGCAGCUCCUGGAACGGCCCCGCACCGUCAACGGCUUCUGCAGCUACACCCUCAGCCACAGCCACACACGGGAUCGCAGCCAGUCCAGACAGGAGGGCCGCCUUAGCGACACUGGGUUCUGUGAUGCAAACCGCAGUCUUCAGCUGCAGGCCAAGGAUGUGUCCUACUGGAGGAGGAAAGGGCAGGACUUUGCUGUGUUGUUAGACUACACAGACUACAAAGAAGCCGCUGCUAAUGGUCGACAGGGAGCUUAUGUAAGACCAGAGAGGGCUGAGGAGGUGAGGGGCACAGCGCCUCUGGAGGAGUGUCCCAGGUCAGAGAGACCUCACUGCAGAGACAGUCAGCUGCUGUUGCCCUGGAGAACAGCUGAGAGGAAGUGCCAGAGCCUGGGUGCAGAAGAGUGGCAACCAUCUGAGCAGCGCCUACUCUCCAGGACCCCAGAGGGCAUGGUGCUACCCCGGACUAAAGCCAGGACACAGUCUUUGCCCAGAAUGCAGGCCAACUCUCGGCAAUACGUUCCUCUGUUUCAUCAGAACACCUACAGAGCCCCACGCUGGCCAGACAAUGGCAGACCUGCCAGUGCCAACCCUUUGUCAAUUACACCAAAGCCACGCUUCACCCGCCCCCCCAGACCUCCCUCCUAUGAGAUGCACCAGCAGAUCAGGGGCAGCUGUGAGCUGCUGUCUGGGAGAGAGCUGACCAGGGAGAGGACACCUCUCCCAAGGUUAAGAACCGCAGAGUCUCAGCUGGACUACUUUGCACAGGACUGUGGACCACCAGGGUACAUCCCUCCCCCAUCCUAAAGAGCCCCCAUCAUGGAAGGGGUCUGCAGGGAUUAUGGAGAAGUUGCCAUCAAUUAUAGGUACAGAGGAGACAUGUACCAGCAGCUGCACAGGACUCCAGAUGGCUCUCACUGGUGCCCCCCACAUGUAGGAGGGUGCAGCACCACCACCCACUCCAGGCAGCUCUACCCUGUCUACAUGACCCAGGACAGGCCAGGGGGAAGGGUACAGUACCUGCCCUUUGACCACCCCUCAUCAUUAGGAGGAAACUCUCUAACGGACUCUGACAAGAUCCGCCACAUUCGCAAGGAGCUUCCAAGCCUCACCGUGUCCGAGCCAGCUUCUGGCAACAGUGCCUUUUUGCCCCCUCCACUGGGACCUUCUUCACUCGUGGUUAAUGACUCUGCUUAUGGGGAGUUUGACAGUGACAAUACCAGGUGGCACAGACAUUUGCACAAAGAAACUGUAGAUAACAUCCCAGCAACUGACCAAAACUACAAUAACAGAUACCACAAAAUCCAACAUGGCCGCCCAACAUCUCCCUUUUCAGCUUUCCAUGUGCCGCCAACAUCCUCCUCAAGUCUGAGGUGUAAGUCUGAGCAAGGCUUUUUAGAAACCAUUACCCAAGUGAAGCAGAUAAGGCCUGACUUUGGAACAGACAACAACAGGAACCCCAAGAGGAGAUUCAGUGAGACCAUUUUCUGCCUUGUGUCUGUCCCAGUUCACACUCCCACAAACUUAAACAAAAAUGCUCCUGCAGACCAGAACAACAAUGACCCCACUACCAACCACACCAUCCCUGACACGUUCGCAGUGGGCCUGAAGGAGAGCCGUCCUGUAAGGAGCAGGUCAGUCAACCAAGUGCCAAUCUGGAGCCAGUGCUCUCUCCCUGACACCAGUGGCACCUCCUCCCUGAGGAAUUAUAAGAGGGCUCCUCUCAGAAAAGAGAUUAUUGAUGCAUGGGCUCUUCAGGCUAAUGACAGCAAAGAGAUACACUCUCGCUCAUGGCCUGGGAACCAGUACCGCAACCAGGAAACCCAGACCGGGUCACCCUUGGUUAAGAGUCCAGAACCUGAGGACAAGGCAGCACCAGACACCAGCGUAGACAGUACAUCAGCAAAUGGUUACUGUCUGAAGGACCAGAAAAACCUUCACCUUUCCAGCAAUAGUGCAUUUUCUCUAAUUAGUCCUACCCAAGUUCCAUAUAAGGAGCCUCCAUUAUCCGAGUCCAACAAGGAGAAGCAGCGUGUGUCCAGUCCUAAGAGCCACACCCCAGAGCCCUCAGCAGACAGCACUGAACAUGUCAGCUUUGGUCAGUUCCUGCUAAAGCCUGUGGACCGGCGUCCCAGUGAUUAUAUUGGUGAGUUAGAAAGCAUUAACAAAGAGAUGGAGGACACUAUUAGCAAAAGGGCCAAUAUGAGUUUGGGCAGGAAAGGAAAGAAGAAAGCCAAUGUGCACCAGUCAGGGGCACAGUCUAUGGAAGAGAUGCGCUUAGAGAAUCCCACUUACAUUAACGUGCGCUCCAAGUCUUUCACCUCUGCUGACAUGUACACGGACACAAGCUGUUCAUUUUUCAGGCCACAGAAUGAAAAAAUCCCACCAGCACAGGAGCACACUGGCUUUACUCUGGACAGUGAUCUAACUCCACAGGACAUCCCAGUUCCUCAGGAGUCCAUGCUUCGAGACGUCGGCCUCAAAGUCUACACUGAGACUGGGCCAAUGGAGCCAGCACCACGGUCAAGCUCUGUUCCACCUUUUCAACCUUUGGAUGAGCUCUCGUGGGAAAAUAUGACAACCACUGUAAACCUGUGCAAAGAUGGCCUGGAGAACAAGGUAAACAAAGAAUCUAAAACUAGAAGCAGUCAUAAGCACCACACAUCUGGAGUGAGUUUAAGGAUCUGCCGGAGCCGCAGUGAAAGCAGUAGAUCUUCUCAUAAGAGGGAGUGUUCACCUCAUGUCAACAAACUCAACCGCGUCAAGUCAUGCCCUGGAGGUGACCAGCCUACCUUAGCUGAUGAGCACUUAGAGAGCUUGUUAAUAAAGGAGAAAACCAAUUCUCUACCAGCGGAGGACCUUAGCCACCUAUAUGAGAUCAAAUGUGCCGAAGGGAUCCCAGAAAAUGAGUCCAUCGAGCAGAGAGCCGCAAGGAUUCUAGGCAUUGCUAUUCCAGCCGGAGCCUUGUGUGUUGACAAAGAAAAGAUACAAGUUGAUGGUGAGUCAAAUGUUGAAGAAGAGGGGAGAUACGUUGAAAAAAAUCCUGCCAAAUGUCUACUGUCCACAUCGUUGGUUCACGACACAGAACCAACAAAGACUAGAUAUAUUGAGGAGACCACUCCGAACAUUGUGGAAAGUCCAAUGGAGGAGUGUAGCUUACCUGUUGUAACAUGUUCGGAAUAUGUGAAUCAUGGCCAAAGCGAGGAAACUAAGCAGUUGGGAGACAGUGCAAUGUUAAUAGGAGAUGUUGGUGAAGUAAGUCAGGUAGACAGUGAUGAGAAAGUUGCAAUAGAUGAAAUGCAAGACAAGUCAGAAAAACCCGUGCACAUUGAGCAAAUACAGGGAUCUGAGUCAAAGGAGGAGGUUGUUCUUGCACUAGUAAAUGAUGAGGGAAUCAAAGAAGCAGCUGAACUGGCAACAGAGGAUCUAGGGAAAAUAGAGGUAAAAGACGAGGGAGGUACUGCAGAGCAAGGGCCAGAAGUGAGUGAAUCAACAGUAAGUAGAGUGAGCCGGGUAGCACCUCCCAAACCACCCAAGCCCAAACAGCGCACCAAGCUCCAGAAACCAGCCCUGCUCCCCAAACCACGCUGUGUCCCCAAGAGGGAGAUCAGCCUGCCCCGCCACAGCACCAGCACCACGGAGGAGGCUCCAGACACUGUUCCUGACACAUAUGACCCGAGCCAUGUGGAGAGAGUGUAGGCCUGGCUCAGAGGAACAUCUUCCAUCACUGUGGAAUGACCAUUGGUCCUGAGUCCCUCUGGGUCCCUCUGGAUCCAGUCUCUUUAUACAUGCUCUACAAGUGCUGGCUACAGGGGGUGCUCAGAGCCUUCAGCACAUCUCCUUUCUUUGACACAUGUUAGUGUUCCAUCUGCACUAUGGCUUCUUCUUGAGCUUGUGUGGAAAAUGAAUGUAGAAGUGCUUCUGUUUUGGAAUAUUACUUGUCAGUGUUGAAAAGAAAAUAUCAUUAUAGUAUUGCAUCACAAUCAGUAUUCUCCCAUUCAAAUGAACAUAAGGAGUUUCUUACAGACUUAUAAAGUACUAUUCAGCAGAAGAAAUGUAUAUUUUCUUAUCAGUGUUACAUUUUAGAGAUCAAGUCUAUUAUGUAUGUGUCCCAUGCUUUUUAUCCUUUUGUGUGAUAGAGAAUGUAAUGAAAUGAUCAACACUGUGCUCCUCGAGUGUUACUCACAGCAAUAUUGUAGUCCUAUACACAGUGUGUGUGGUGUCUGUAUGUCACUCUCAUUUAUGUUAGCACUCACCUCAUGUACUUCAAGUACUCUGGCUCCAGUUUCACCAUCUUCUCCUCUCAGUGAAAGUCACUUUAAUUGUAUUAGACUAGGUCAAAAGCACAACCCAAUAAUAAUUAUUAAAAUAAUAAUGAUGAUAAUUAUAACAAACCCAGUGUGAAGCUGAAUAAUUUGGAAAUGAAACCCCCAGUGUGUUUAUGAUAUUUAAAAAUAUUAAAUCGUAACCCUUCUACAGGAGGUUCUAGAGGUAUCUGUGUUUAUGAACUCAUCUUGUGGCAUUAGUCAAACAUGUGGCAUAUCUGUGCUCUUUGAGUGUUCAGUUGUUCAGCUGCUGGUGAAGUUAUGUUUCUUUAUAUGGACUUCUGCUGUGGACAAGUCAGGUUAAUAGGUUGAAUGUAAAGCUUAAACCAUUAAGCAUUUCACUCAUUCAACUUAACAUUAUUUUCUACUUUUUAAAAUAUAUAUUUUAUGGCAAUAAUUCUGAUAGAAACCUGAUAUUGAGUGUGGUAUUUAGACUGUACACAAUAAUGUUGAUGAUUAACAUUAUCUUCUCAAUAAUUAAUAAUAAUUACAUAUCAGUAUAUUACAUUGUAUGCGCAACUGCAAUUGGUAAACUCAUUGUAUAUGGGGUAGCAAUAUUAUUAUUAGUAAAGACAAGUACUUACCAAAUGGAACUUUCUGCUAUGCACUGGGCUUGCUGCUGUGUGUGGCUUUUGGCUGGACCAGUCCAGAUUAAGGGCAGUUGUGGCAAUGGCUUUGGAGACUGUAGCCGCUGGUUUGGCAUGACAUGCAGUGGUCUGUAUCCAGGUUUGGCAAUCGGCUCAUAGCAUGACACUUUGGUAUGUGAGUGGGUAGUGGGUUUGUUGGUGACUGGCAAGUGGGGCAGUUUGUUGGAGUGUGGGCAGUUAGUUGGUGAGUGUGGCACUUUGGGAGUGGGGCAGUUUUUUGGAGUGUGGGCAGUUAGUUGGUGAGUGUGGCACUUUGGGAGUGGGGCAGUUUUUUGGAGUGUGGGCAGUUAGUUGGUGAGUGUGGCACUUUGAGAGUGGGGUAGUUUGUUGAAGUGGGACAGUUUGUUGGAGUGGGGCAGUUUUUUGGAGUGUGGGCAGUUAGUUGGUGAGUGUGGCACUUUGGGAGUGGGGUAGUUUGUUGAAGUGGGACAGUUUGUUGGAGUGGGGCAGUUUUUUGGAGUGUGGGCAGUUAGUUGGUGAGUGUGUCACUUUGGGAGUGGGACAGUUUGUUGGAGUGUGCCGGUUGCCAGGGCCAGUUUGGUUGUUGGGGCAGUCUUCAUAAUAGUGAACCCAGUACCUCUGUGUCUCUGCUCACUUUUCUACUGCAGAAUUCAUACAGACCACUGGUGCACAUUUUGAUUUAAUAUUUUCUAUUUUCAUAUAGAGGUCUUUACAGCUUCUUUUGUAUGUGCUGCAUUUCUCCUAUUUGUGCAUGGAACGUGUGACGUCACACAGGUGUAUUUGGUACUCUAUAGUUUACUCAAUAACGAUGUUAUAUUUGCUAUAUUGUAUAUUUUAUUUCAAAUGUUAUACUGCAUAUUUAAAUAAGAACAAUGUAUUUUUAGAUCCUUGUGAAAAAAGAACUGGAGGCACAGUAUUGUCUAAUCACAUAUAGACAGUGUGCACCUGUACAGAGCAGUGCUGCAGUCUUCAGAAAUAAAGUUAUUUGCAUGAU